CAGCGGCGGAUUUCUGCUCUCCUCGUCUCACGGAUUACUCGGUCCGCUGGACUACUGCUCCAGGCUCGCUUCGCCUUCGGCGCCUGUCGCACUGUUCGUGUUGGUGGUGCACGGUGGUUGGUGGCGAGAGUGGGGAAAUGUCCGGCGCGGCACUUUGCCGUCGGACGCUGCCCCCUCGUAGGGACGUAGUGAGGCCGGCGGAGCGGACCAUGCGGCGUGACCGGCCGUUCCUGUUUUUGCCGGCGAUGCUGCUGAGCGUUUACCUCAUCGCAUCAACAUGCACUUUCCCCUCCGUAGCCGGCGUCGAAUCGGAAGACGUGGUGCCGAACCUGUGUCGUCUCAUGGACCAACCCUUGUACUGUCGCUGCGACUCCGAGGACAUCCCGGACGACGCCACCGAGGUCUCUUGCUACGUCACGAGGCCCCUGACAGCGGACCACCCCGUAUUCAAGUCAUUCCAGAAAGACCUGUCCCUCGUCUCCCUGUCCUUCAACGCUUUCAACUUGGCUAACAAGCUGACCUUCGUGCCCUCCGAAGCCCUGAGACAGUUGACACAUCUGGAACGCCUGAAGUUCACCCAGUCGGAGCUGGGCGUGCUGAAAACGCGUUCCUUCUACAAUCUGUCUAGACUCGCGUGGCUGUCGCUCGAUUCGAACGCCAUAACCGACCUGGAGAACGAGUCUAUCGCUCAGAUGCCUCGUUUAAAGCGGCUCGAAUUGGGCGACAACAAGCUGAGCAGGGUACCCGCCGGGGCCCUGCGCGGUCUUCCAGCGCUGACGCAACUGUUCCUAGAGAGGAACGAGAUCAAGACCAUAGAAGACUUGGCCUUCGAGGAACUGACCGCCGUCAAGGAGGUGGACCUGAGUGACAAUGCGAUCGAGAACCUGACAGACCGCACGUUCAAGGGAUUGUCGAGCGCCAUCCGGCUCGACCUUUUCCGGAACAAGGUGCAGAGGCUCGAGGCGCGGGUGUUCAGUGGGAUGCCGCAGCUGGUCGAGCUAGACUUGAAGUACAACGGCGUCACCGAGGUGGACCCACUAGCGUUCCACGGCCUGCCCCAACUGAGCAUCCUGUACCUGUCACACAACCGCCUCCGCAUUCUGCCCGCGCAGAUGUUCAUGGGCGCGCCCAACCUGAUCACUGUGGACCUGUCGCAGAACCAGCUGCUCACGCUUACCUGGAGGACGGUCCAGGACUUGCGGAAGAUCGACUCCGAGUCCUUCGACAUGAGCCUCACCGGCAACAAGUUCGGCUGCGACUGCCGCCUGGCGUGGAUCCUGCACCUGGAGAAAGCCACGCGCAACGAGAAGUUUCGGCGCGAGCUGCGGCACGUCAAAUGCAGCUUCGAACAGACGCCGGCGCCGGGCAACCUGAGCAGCGGUACCAAGGUGGCCAGACUCAGCCUCAAGGAUCUGGGAUGUCCCGACAACUACGAGCCGCCCGAGCUGCCUUCUUCUCUGCGCGACAAAAAGGGGCCUCUGUCCGCUUUCGCCGGAAAAGGUGGUAAACAGAGCUCCGGCGACGACAACGGAAGCAACAAAAUCGUCGAGCGACCCCCACAGUCUCCGGUCGAGGACGUCCACCAAGGAGGACAGAGGACGGGAGAUGGCAAAGACGUCGAGAACGAAGUCGAAGUCGCCCUCAGUCAGCAGAAGGCCGCUCCCAGUGAAGCCGUACUUCGACGCAAUCGCGACAGGAACUCUGCGGCGUCCUGGGUCCGCUCGAAUAAGACUGUGUCGUGGCUGUUAGUCUGUGUCACACUAGCGCUAGUCAAGGGAUCGAGGUGACGCCCAGGGUGAUUCGUGAAGAACGUACAUGAACGAGUGUGGUGUCACUUUGUUCACUUUUUUGUUUUUGCGAGUGUUUAGUAGUUAUCGUCCGAGAAAUGUUUUUUUUUUUUUGUUGCAGAACAGACCCGCUAUUUGCCCACGAACACGCUGUGAUGAUGAUGAUGGGGUUGCAGAGUAUCGACCAAGGACAGGGCAAUCUUUGGUCGCGUGUUGAUAGCGUUGUCAAGAUCGGGAGCACCAGGCGAGAAACUGGGCUUACUCGCUUGCAUCUGGCCCCAAGAACUCUUCCUGUAGUUUCGUUUCACUGUCUGUAGCACACGCAAAUAAUAUGUGCUGUUGAACUCUCUGCACGAGCGCCUAAGUGUCAUGCGAAGUUGAGCAUCCCAUCAUUGCGCGUGAAAACAUUUAUCCUCCUGUACCUUGCCUUAACUUUUCGCCUUUUUCCGCUUCUUCAUUUACAUUCUUCUAAGGACUCAGAAGAAGUCUAAAGUGAAUCCCUCAUUCAAAAAAAAUUGUCUUCAUACGCCUCAAUUCUUUCUCAUUCAUCAUAUUCACAUUUCCUUACAGCAGGGCCUCUAAAAAGCACUCGUCUAAGCACAUGCCUGUAAGUUCACAUUAUAAUCGGACUGUUCAGCGAAUAUCUGUAGGGGUCAGUUUUAGUCUAUUAGGCAGAUAAGUACUAAUAUAUAUGCAGGCUGAGGCAGUGUUGUACCAAAUUGGCGAUUGACUUUUCAUGGCAUUGUAGGGGAUCGCAGUUUUUUUGUGUUAUACACCAGGCAGAGAGAAAUUAACCAAGAAAGUUACGACUCCACAAGCACUGCAAUUUAUUUUGUGAGUUAUUGCUCUUGAAUUGGCAAAGACUAUUUCCGAAGUACGUAUUUACUGCGUCUGUGUGUAAAGCACAGAAAUAUAGUGGUUGAGUGACAUUACAUUAUGAAGUACUAAAAUAAAUAAAUUGCCCUCAUGGCCGAUCAGGAACCGCCACAAGUGCCACUAACUCGUCAAGAUAAGAAGACUUCAGCGCGGAUGUUACACGCGAACAUUGAGGAGCAGCGGUUAUUACACUGAACGCGAAUAAUAAACAGAGGAAGCGUUGCGUGCCACGUGAAGAAAGGCGCGGGAAUCGCUUCCUCGCUUUCUUUCUUUUUUCUUGGUGGGGGGGGGGGGGCACCUGAUUUGCUUGCCUGAUCAGAUUGCUAAGCGGUCGCCGUACGUAAAGCAUCAACAGCAGUCACCUUUAAAUGAGUACUUCUCAGUUACAAAUAUGAGUCAUCUCGGUAUCAGAGAUCUCAUGAAUUUUUUGUACAUGCAUCUUGUCUCAGCCUCUUUACCGAUGGGUAACCAAGAAAAAGAGAGCAAGAAUACAGGAAAGGCAGGGAGGUUAACUAGACUACGUCCAGUCUGAUACCCUACACAUGGACAGGGUAACCAAACCUCACGUUUUAAAGAGCGCCUCUCAUCAUCUCUUCGCCAUCUUCGAUAUGUCAUGUUUUAAUGCUUCUCAUCCACUUUAAAGUUCUUUUGCGGUGAAUGACGCGUAUUUUUGCAACAUCCCAUGCUAUACUGCUGUACAAAAACGUGUUAUCGCUCUAACUACAGCUCUUGUAAGCAAGACCAUUCUUCGUGAACAGCAUUAUUAGCGCACAUUUAAUGGCCAUCUCAUAAACAUCGCUUCCUUCUGAUACACCAUGAGCCCACUGCAGUGAAAUAUUUGCAGUAGGUGACGUAUGAUUUGACCACUGCGAGAUAAACCACCCCUAAGUCCCCCCAGCUACUGACCUUGGGGAAGUGCUGAGCCGUAUACGUCCUUUAUGCGCUGUAUGAACAGCGACUGGCCGGUGACCCCGUAUUCUGGAGAUCGAGGCUCUGAAUAACGCGUUCAUGCGCGCACAGUUUCCUCCUUGUAACUCAUGGCUCAGCCAUGUGAGGCCGCACUGCAGCCAUUACAGUGACUCAAUUGUAACGCUCAUGUAAACGUGCAGGCACCGAAGGUAAAACAGGAACUCGAAAAUUAACAUCGGAAGUGGCCAAAUUUUCAGGACUAGAGACCAGCGUUGUGUUACUUUCGCUGACUUCAACUCUAUCGUGCAGCACACCGCCUUCCGUAGACAAAGACUGAAUGUACUGCUUCCUAUUGACAUACGUGCCAAGCACCACUGUGUUUUCCGUUCCUGCCUAGUUGUCUCGUUUGCGUUUCAUUUUUCAGUGAUCAUUUGUUUGGAAACCACGAGAUCCAACACAUACAUAUUUAUCAACUCAAUGGCGGUCACGCCUGCGGUACGCAGUCUAUAACUAUGUCAUUGAGCAGAGUGUUUUUUCGGGUAUUGUUGCGUGACUGUGCGGAAACUCUCUGCCUUGCCUCUGCACGUCAUGUAUUCGUCCCUGCACAUGAAAGCGAGGGUAUGAAUUCACCUGUUCCUUGUUGCUGAAUGAAUGAGAUUAAUGUCGCUUACACGCGCCGGGUAUGUUGUGGCUUUCAUUGUUCGCCUCCACGGCAUGCCCUGUUUUACGGAAAUAACGUAUGCGCUGUUUCAAACACACUCCGUCAAAUCAUCACUGGUUGUCGAAUACUGACGAAUUUUCAACCGACAAGUUAGUUUGAGGCGCGUGCUACGUGAACACGAACAUCUUCACUAUCUACCGCAUGGGCAACAGCUCCGCAUGCUUCAACUCGACCUGCAUAAGCCAUACCUUAUUCCACACUCUCACUUUCGCCAUCGUUCGGUUGUUAUUUGAAUUGUCACGUUAGCUGCUUGAAGAGAAAGCACUGUCAGUGCCGUCGUUCACGUUGAAGCCUUGUGCGGUGUGAAAAAGGUAUGCUUGAAGCAAGCGGAAGUGAUGGUGUGGUGCAGCUUACGUCAGAGUUAAAUUAUUGUUCUCGCUAUCCUUUUUGGCGCACCUGGCUCCGCUGACAAGUAAAGCACUUGAAUAUGGCGUCACUCUUGCAAUGGUAACGCGCCGAUACUGUUUGAGAUGAUGAUGGUUAUGAAGUGCUGACAUUAAGGUUUUCAGAAAUUAAGUUAAUGCGAUGAACUUGGCACCAAAAGGCGUAUGGGUACGCCGGUAUCGCUGUUUUGCGGUCUUAUAUUUAAGGAGUAAUUGUUGCUUGUACAAUACGAGUGUUUUCUUCCCGUGUCACCGGAUUUCGUUCCCUUCGAUGGCCGUGUGUUUCCGUUCUUCCUCCGGUGGUCACGACUGCUCGAGUCAUUGUGAAUUGUUGUGUAUGUAAACAUGAUAUCGUUGUCGACUGACACACGAGUCUGCCUGCAAGAUGAAAAAGGGAGCGAUGGAAGAGAGUAUUUUAGUGACACUGAAAUGACAGUUACGUUCUGUAUGAUACUGCGUUGACAAUAAAUGAUGCUGUUGUGCCAGCGCAACACAC